AUGGCAAGGCUGGUGUACUCAGAAUCCUCAAAGAGGAUAUCAUGGGAAACUGAAUCUGGUGUUGCUACUCUUUCGUAUACUGGAACUGUAAGUAAAAAGCCCGAUUUAAAGCAGAUUGAAUUUCAAACCAUCCUAGGAAUUCUUAGGGUUGAAAGGAAUAAGCACCACGAGGAAUUCCUUGCAUGUGUUACCAAAAGUACUCUUGUGGGAAUGUAUGAUGCAGUUGAAGUAUACAAGAUUGACAAAAUCAGAUUCCUGAACAUUAAAGGCCCUGGUAGGGCUGAUGAGGUCAUGUCCCAAGUAAAGGGAUUUGUGCAAUCACACGACUUUUAUUACUUCUUUGGAUCUUUAUUCAUAGAAGAUGAAUUUGUAUGGAAUAAGCAUAUGAAAGCCAAUCUUUUGAAAUACUUUGGGCCAAGCUCCUAUAUGUGGGUACUCUCGCAUCGGCCCGGGAGAGAGCCUCUUAAUCUUAACAUCUCAACACUUUUCUGUGGAUUCUUUGCAGCCGAAGCAUUCAAGGCGUCUGGGGAUUUUUACCACAUGAAGCUCCUUUCACUUAUAUCCUCCAAUAGAGUUGGAACAAGGUAUUUAUGUAGGGGGGUUGACAGCGAAGGGAAUGCAUCUCUUUUUGUAAAGACACACUUUCAGACAAAGCGAAAUAAUAAUACAAUAUUUGAUUUCACAACCAUCAGAGGAUCUGUCCCAAUAUUCUGGAGCCAAACGGAACAUGGAAUCUCUACAAAGAUAAACAUUUAUGGGGAUGAUGAGAGUGUAAGAGAAGCAUUUACAAAGCACUUCAAAAAGCUCAGGAGAGAGUAUGGAAAAGUACAUGUAAUCAAUCUUCUAGGAGAAAAGAAAUAUGAGAAGCAGCUCACCUUGCACUUCAAUAGACUAUUAAAUUUAGAGAACAUCCCAUAUACGACAUUUGAUCUGGAUGCGCAUGUUAAAAACUAUGAUGACUUGAAGUUUCUUCUCUACUUCAAGCUCCAGGGCAUUGAAGAGGAGGGUGUGACCUUCAGAGUAAACUGUUUGGACUGUCUAGAUAGAACAAAUGUUGCACAGUCCUUGAUCUGCAUGUUCUAUCUCGAGAAGGCUGUAAGCAACGGUGAUGUUCUGAAGAAAAUGCAAGAAUGCUGGGCAAAUAAUGGAAAUUCACUGAGUAACCUGUACACAGGGUCUGAUGCAAUGAAGAAAGAACUAGCUCUUAAAGGUAGAAGGUCAUUUAUUGGAUACAUGGAUGACUUUGUAAUUUCUGCAACAAGACUCAUAAACGGUAGGUUUACUGACAAACAGAAGCACAGUAUUAUAAACACUCUAUUGGAAAAAAAGGAAGAUGUUGAGGAAGUCAGGGCCUCUUAUUGA